AUGUUGAACAAAAGCAGUGAGGGCUUUCACAUCAGGGGAGAUGCAGAAGACAGAGAGGAAAGUGUGUGUCACUCGGCAGACAGGAACUCUAUGGAGGCGCAUCUGAAGCGGAAACAACGAAGAUAUAGGACUACCUUCACCAACUAUCAGCUCGUUGAACUGGAGAGAACUUUCCAAAAGACCCACUACCCUGAUGUGUUCACGAGGGAAGAGAUAGCGAAGCGUCUGGACUUAACUGAGGCUCGUGUGCAAGUGUGGCUCCAGAACAGACGUGCCAAAUCACGGAAGAGGGACAAAGCCGGGGUUCAGCCGCACCCCCUGUGCCACCCAUUCUCUGGGCAUGUGAGAGCAGCACAGCCCCUCAGCCACCACCUGGAAAGAUGUCCUUUUUCACCCUGCUCUCAUCCCAGCUUGGAGUUGGCUUGGAUGACAGGGGACGCAUCUUUCCAAAGUGUGGCCGGGCCACAAGUUCAUUCUUCUUCCCCACUAGGCUAUGGACGUUUCACGGCCACGUUGCGACACUCUGCCGUCAUCGGCCCCUCAUUUGGAAGGCUAUUUACCAGUAUGGGCCCCCUACAACCGCCUGUGCCAGCCGUGGAGGCUCCAGCGCAGACCCCUACCGCCUUACCAGACACCUCCCCUUUUUCCCUUGUGGACUGUCGGACUUCUAGUAUCGCAGCGCUGCGUCUCAAAGCCAAGGAGCACUCAGCUCAGCUGACACAGCAAAGUAUGUUAAACUCUGGCUCCACCACAAGGGAAGACGGUGAGCUGAGAACGACGAGAAGUCGGUUUCUACUGUUCAGCUAG